UAAUGUUGUAUUAUUACUAUUAUUUUCUUCCUCCCAGUAAUGAUUAAAGAACCCAGCAGCCCCCUUUAGCCAAAGGCAUCCACAUGUGCUCAUUCAUCCAACUCAAGGAAACAGCACUUAUUGCAUGACCAGCCUGGUUACUCAGGUGAAGAGCUUGUUUGCUGCUUACAGUACUUGUGAGCUAUGGGAACAAUGAACUCAAUGCACGGAGGUGUUGUGGCCAUUCAGGGCUCUCUGACUGUCCUUUGUGCAAUUCGGUCACUUCUUUUAUCAUGGAAUUUCCCAGCUCUAAGGGCCUGUCUGAACAAGUCUUCUGCAAACCCAUCGAUGGAUGCAUUCCUCAGAGCACAACCAGCCCUGGGAGAGCUCAGAUUGCUUGGCUGCAUCACCUGCAACCCAAUGAAGAACCUGCUCAAACACAGCUCUUUUCACCUUGUCAUUCUGUUUGAAAGCUUUCUGAUACCCGGUGUUGGUGGUACAAAUUCAUGAACAAAACAUGAACAUUGAUAACUACAAUAAAUCCAGUCAUGGAUCACAGAAUCACUAGGGUUGGAAAAGACCUCCAAGAUCAGGCAGCCCAACCACCCACACAUCACCAAUAGCUCCCACCAACCCACAUCCCUCAGCACAGCAUCCAAACUAAACCCAAACCAGAACAUCUCCAGGGUUGGUGACUCCACCACCUCCCUGUGUGCACCAACCUUCAUAGGGAAAGGAGCAUUGCAGCACAAAACCCAGUAACAGCAGUGAAAUGAGUUUGUGACAACUUAUUCCAUUUACUCACCUCAGUACUGAACUGGUGUUUAUCCAUCAGGCUGAUGGAAGUGAAAAUCCAUUAAACAAACCUGAUACUGGGAUAUAAACCACCUAGAGUGGGAGUAUCCUGGAGCCCCACAUGCUGAUCUACUAAUGGAGCACACCUGAAUGCCAUUACAGCCCUCAGGGCCACCUGUAUAUAAAGGCUGAGCAAGCUGCAGUGGUGUGAUGGUGAAGGCAGUGUUGGGUGUUUUUGGGAGGAGGUUUCCUAUGAUUUUUCUUCUCUUUUAAUUAAAAAAAGAAAAAUAGCAAGUAAAAGCUUUAUAGGUUUUUGUAGCACUAAAACUGUUUCUUCUGUGGUUUCUGGAGCUAUUCAUGAGCUAUACCUCAGGUUCUCAACAACUUUGGUCUGAGAAGUUAAAGCACUUGGAUUUAAGAUGAAGGAUGAAAUUGCUGCUACGGUCUUCUUCAUCACAAGGCUGAUAAAAAGGGAAGACAAGUUGAGCAAGCACAAAGUAGAGAGAUUUGCAGCUAAGCUGACAACGUUGCUGUUUGAGAAGUACAAGAAUCACUGGUACCUGGACAACCCAUCCCGAGGACAGGCCUUCAGGUGUAUAAGGAUAAACAAGCAUCAGGCAAGAGAUCCACUGCUGGAACAAGCUUGUGUGGAGAGUAAUGUGGACUUCAACAAGCUUGGGUUGCCAAAAGAGAUGACGCUGUGGGUUGACCCCUUUGAAGUGUGUUGCAGGUAUGGAGAGAAGAACCGGCCGUUCACGGUUGCUCACUUUGAAGGAGAGGAGAACCCAGAGCUUUCGCAGCAGAUCAACUAUGCUGUUGACAGAGCAGCUCUAGAUUAUCCUUCUGGCACCUCUUCGGAUGAGGAGAGCUUCAGCAGGGAACCGAAAGCUAUCCCUACUGUCAGCAAUCCUAACAGUGUCUAUCAGUUUGACUACUGCAAGACACCCGUACAGUCCUGGUCCCAGUAUCUUCAUAGGAAGACACACAUGAGUGGCUCAUCCUAUGCCCAGCACAGGGCUUACAAAGCCUUCAGGCCAACUGUUGCUUUCACAGGACCACGUGUUGAUAGAUACCAUUGGAUCAAUACCAAGCGGUAGAUCCAUGGCUGUCCCUGCUCCGACAGCCUCUAACACUGAGCUGUGCUGUGGGAUGAAGGUGCUACAGAGCUUCAUGAAAAGAGAGCUUUACUUACUGUCUGUUCCUUAUCCUCUCACUCUGUACUAUUGAAACUUUGGGCUUUUAAAUAACAUUUUAAUAUUUUAACAAUGUUAACAAGACUGAAAAUUAACGUGAGAUGCUUUUUGUAAACUAAAGAGGAAAUGCAUAUAUAUCAAUAAAUAUAAUCAUGUUUUCUUUUUAAAA